AUUGUGAAGCAGAUCGGUUGCUUGGCGGCCACCACUCUUUCGCACAAGUAGCGCUUACUCAUCAUCAGCUUCGCAUUGGACCUCAGCCGCACGCAAGCAGGUUUGCAGCACACCACCGUCGAACAUCUAUCUUGAGUCGCCAACGCUCCGGAAAGCAAGCAUUAGCCAGGACCCACUGGUCGCUCGAACGCCACCAGCCCGUACCUACACCUCUCGACAUUUCAACUUGCGCAACAUGGCAGCAACGACACUCAACUUUGCGACCAGCUCGAUAAUGCCGUCUCAAAGUCUAGGCUGCGGCUUUGAGUCUGCGUCGCAGAGCAGCAACGUCUCCGUGUUGCUGCGCACCUUUGCUCCUCUUCCAUCCACACUUAGUCUUUCUCUCCCAGCUCAUCUCACGCUAGGCGAUCUUUCGCUUUCUCUGAACGCUUGUUUCAAGACUUGCACUCUUCGUCUCACGACUCUGGAUGGUCUAUCACCAUGUCCAUAUCGCUCGCUGUCUUCCUUUGUCAAAAGAGACACGAAUGACAGGGCGAGCCAUGUAGAGCUCGAAGUGAGAUCGCGCUUGAGGGGUGGCAAAGGUGGAUUUGGGAGUAUGCUCCGAGCGCAGGGUGGCAAGAUGAGCGCCAAAGGCAAAGACCAGAAUACGGACUCAUGCAGGGAUCUGAAUGGUAGACGUCUCAGCACGAUGAAGCAGGCCAAGCAGCUGGCUGCGUAUAUUGCCGAAGCUCCAGCUCGCGAAGCAGCUCUCAACGAAGCGCAGGCGAAAAAGUAUGCAAAGUUGGAGAAGAUGUUGGGUCGCAAGCCGAAAGGGGAGGCCGAUUUCGUCGAGGCAGCCAAGCGAUUGGUUGAGGACGGCGACGAGCUGGAAGGCGGCGCAUCGUCACCUUUGGGGUCGGAUGAGGGUGCAGAUGGCAAGCGCCGCGAUCGAGGCGAAGGAUCUUCUGCUGGACCUGCUGAAAGGCAGACGCAGAUGCACGGAAGCAACGAGAACGGCAAAAGACAGAGACUAGAAGAUCACGAGUAUGUGGAGCAGAGCAGGGAAAUCGUAGAAGGCGUCAGGAGUGCGGUCGCGACCGCUAUGCUCAAGAAGAAGAGAAAGAUGGCCGCUGCUGCUGCUGCCGCCGCCAAGAGCAAGACGUCUUCUGCCCGGACAACCUCGACUCAGGCGCAGGCAAACGGCACGAAAGUAUGAUUCCAGUGAUCUUCCUGAUCAUCGGUCGCUCUCUCUGUACCGAACUACUCGCUCAUUUGACUCCUUCAUGAUUCAUAUACGCCCGCCCUGCUUGGCUCCUGCCCGGACAACAUCCCUCGUGUCUCUCUCUCAAUCAUCCAGCCUACCACACACGCCCAACCCAUGGCUCACAUCUGCUCAUCCUUCAUUCGUUGAUGCCCGCAUUUGUUCGGUUAACAGUGAAUCACUCCACGUGUGCAGACCUUGAACGAUGCCCA